UGUAUUUUCCGCAUUAAACUCCCAAAUUUCCACCAGCGAUCGCAGAUCGCACCAUCGAAGGAAUUCUAAUUCCGCCAAAUCCAAAUCCCUAAAUCCCCAAAUCCGAAGCGGCAUCCAUUGAUCCACGACGUCCUAUUUGGAAUCCUGAGCCGCAGCCAUUGAUAUACGCCGUCUUAUUCGGAACCGGUAGCCUUAUUCUCGUAGCCAUCAAUCACUUGCAAAAAAAAAAAAAAAAAAAAAAAUCAUUUUCGGAGGGUUCGAGCAUCCUCUGUGUGCUGAUUCAUCUACACCGCCGAAGUUUACUGUUUUGGACUAAUUGAAAACUUUAGAAAUCAAUAGUUUUAAUCGGACAAAGUCAUAGUAUUGAUUAGCGUGGUCUGGUCGAGUUCAAUUUGAGUUUUCCGACGGUUCAGCUGAAGAAGAGCUCUCGUUUGGCGUCGCUGCUGUAUUGCGGGUAUGGAGGUUUGAAACUCGCAAACUAUUUCAGCUGAUUUUUGGCGUGAAGAGCGAACAGCUGAUUUUUUUGUGAAUGCAACUCUGAAUUUGUGGCUGUGGGAUUCUUAGUCGAUUAGCAAGUUUUCGAUUUAUCUUUGACCAUUAAAUGGCUAGCAUCGACCCAUUCAAUCGCCUGGUGAGACUUGCAGCCCGAGCGUUCUAUGAUGAUAUAACGACAAAAGGUGAAAACCAGCAGAGGCCUGGGAGAAGUGAUAACAGAGGAAUUGCUGUGGUCAUUCUUGAUGCUCUUACUAGACGUCAGUGGACUAAGGAAGAAGAUUUGGCUAGGGACUUGAAACUUCACACGAAGCAACUCCGUCGGACUCUGAGAUUCUUCGAAGAAGAAAAACUGGUCACUCGUGACCACCGCAAGGAGACCUCCAAAAGUGCAAAGAUGUUCAGUGCUGCAGUGGCUGCCACAAUGGAUGGUCAGAAAAAUGGAAGAGACGAUGAGAAGCAAAAAGUGCACACUCAGUCAUAUUGUUGCCUAGAUUAUUCACAGAUAUAUGAUGUUGUCAGAUACAGAUUACAUCGCAUGAAGAAGAAGUUGAAGGAUGAACUGGAGAGCAAAAACACAGUUCAGGAAUAUAUAUGCCCUAACUGCAACAAAAGAUAUAAUGCCCUCGAUGCACUCCGGUUGAUCUCCCCAUAUGAUGAGUACUUCCACUGUGAAAGCUGCAAUGGGAUCCUUGUGGCUGAGAGUGAUAAGCUGGCUGCUCAAGAAAUGGGAGAUGGAGAUGAUAAUGCAAGUAGACGUCGCCUUGAUAAAUUAAAGGACAUGCUGACAAAGAUGGAGGUACAGCUGAAACCACUAAUAGAUCAACUCGGGAGAGUUAAGGAUUUGCCUGUACCUGAACUUGAAGGUCUUCAAGCCUGGCUACUUCGAAUGGCUGCUCAACAAGCUGCAAAUGGAGAUCAUAAUGCUAACGACCCUAAUAAAUCUAUGCAUGGAGGUUUUGGUGGAACUGCAAUGCCUUAUGUUGGGGAGACUAAGGUUGAAGUUGCAUUUUCUGGUACCGACGACAAAGGUGAUGUUAAAUCAAUCAACACAAGUACACCUAUGAAAGUUUUGCCUCCAUGGAUGAUCAAGCAAGGAAUGAAUCUUACAAAAGAGCAACGUGGAGAGACCAGUCAAGAGGCAAAGAUGGGUGGUAGUUCAGUAGCUUUGGAGAUUAUCGAUGACAAGAAGUCUGCAGCUUUAGACGAGGACAAAAAGAAUAUACAGGAUGAAUAUGCCAGAGCGUAUUAUGCUGCUUUACUUAAGCUCCAUCAUGAAAAAGAAGAAAAAAUCAAGAAAGAAGCAGAAUCACCUAAUGAUGCCAUCAUCAGUGAAGUCUUCAAUGCUCCAUCUGAGCGCCAAGUAGGCAUGAAGUCGAAACGUGAAGAUGAACUUGAAGGAGAUGAUAUUGAAUGGGAGGAGGGGCCAUCUACUGGUAACACUUCCGAUCAAUUUAAAGUUCACGACUUGAACGUAGAAGCAGAAGCUACUCAAGAUGACGAGGAUGAAAACGACUGGGAGGACGGGUGAGGACCGAUAAGCCAGCCUUUGCAGUUCAACGAGCUUCUCUCCGUUGCAGGCUUCAUUUCCCAACUGGAAUGGCCUAAUUUUCCGACCCAUUCGGUUCACGGUUGCUAAUGAUGCGUUGCUGGAGGUACAGCGAAGAAGACCAAGAUAUUCGUAUUGAAAAAACUGAUACUCUCCUACAAAGAAAGAAUUUACCUUUGUUUGUUUUGUUUUUGCCACUUCUUUUGGUGAUAUAUCAUACUUCUUUUUGCAUCAAGAAAGUGUAUACAAAAGGAUGAUGCGAUAGCUGAGUUACGCUGUUAAAAAAGGAAUUUAUUUGUAUUUUUCUCACAUUUUUAGUUUUGAUAUAUACUAAUUUUACUUUCA